GGAUUUAAGGGCUCGCUGUCCCCCCGGCCCGGCCUCCUCCCGCCGCCCAAGAGGGACGUGGGUGUCGGGACCCAAGUUUGUGCGGCUCUCUCCUAUCCAGCACCUGCUCAGCACCACAGCAUGAAGGCUCUCCUCCUCAUCCUCCUCACCCAGCUCUGCUCGGCAUCACUGGUCCCCGAGAAGGAGAAGGACCCCGAGUACUGGCGGCAGCAGGCGCAGGAGACCCUGCGGGCCGCCCUGCGGCUCCAGCGCCUCAACCAGAACGUGGCCAAGAACCUCAUCCUCUUCCUCGGUGAUGGCAUGGGUGUCUCCACCGUCACGGCCGCCCGCAUCCUCAAAGGGCAGCUGCAAAACCGCAAGGGUGAGGAGAGCCUGCUGGAGAUGGAGAAGUUCCCUUACGUCGCCUUGGCCAAGACCUACAACACCAACGCGCAGGUGCCCGACAGCGCGGGCACGGCCACCGCCUACCUCUGCGGCGUCAAAGCCAACGAGGGGACGGUGGGCGUCAGCGCCGGCGUCACCCGCGACCACUGCAACACCACCAAGGGCCAGGAGGUGACCUCCAUCCUCCGCUGGGCCAAGGAUGGAGGCAAGGCGGUGGGCAUCGUCACCACCACGCGGGUGACCCACGCGACGCCCAGCGCCGCCUACGCCCACUCCGCCAACCGCGACUGGUACUCGGAUGGAGAGAUGCCCCCAGACGCGUUGGAGGGUGGCUGCAGGGACAUCGCCCGGCAGCUGGUGGAGAACAUCCCUGACAUCGAGGUGAUCUUGGGCGGCGGGCGGAAAUAUAUGUUCCCCAAAAAUGCCAGUGAUGUGGAGUAUCCCCACGAGGACAAGCAUCGGGGUACCCGCCUGGACCGCAGGGACCUCGUCCAGGCGUGGCACGAUGCCAAGCCCCCCGGCAAGGUCGCCAAGUACGUGUGGCACCGGCGGGACCUGCUGGCGCUCAACCUCAGCCACGUCGACUUCCUCCUGGGCCUCUUUGAGCCGGGCGACAUGGUGUACGAGCUGGACAGGAAUAACGAGACGGAUCCGUCCCUCACUGAGAUGGUGGCUGUGGCCAUCAGGAUGCUCCAGAAAAAUCCCCGGGGGUUUUUCCUCCUGGUUGAAGGGGGCCGCAUCGACCACGGGCACCACGAGGGGAAGGCGAAGCAGGCGCUGCACGAGGCGGUGGAGCUGGACCGGGCCAUCGGGCUGGCCACCCGCCUCACCUCGCCCCAGGACACCCUCAGCGUCGUCACCGCCGACCACUCGCACGUCUUCACCUUCGGCGGCUACACCCCGCGUGGGAACCCCAUUUUCGGUCUGGCCCCGAUGCAGAGCGACGUCGACCGCAAACCCUUCACCUCCAUCCUCUACGGCAACGGCCCCGGCUAUAAAAUCGUGGCAGGCGAGCGAGAAAACGUCUCCGCUGUGGAUUUCGCGCACGCCAACUACCAGGCGCAAUCGGCCGUGCCGCUGCGCCAGGAGACUCACGGCGGCGAGGACGUGGCCGUUUUCGCCCACGGCCCCAUGGCCCACCUCCUCCACGGGGUCCACGAGCAAAAUUACAUCCCCCACGCCAUGGCUUACGCCGCCUGCAUCGGCUCCAACCGAGCCCACUGCAAUGCCGCCAGCCGCCCCGCUGCCGCUGCCUCCAUCCUCCUGCCCUUCCUCGCCCUCCUCUUGCUCCUCUGCUAAAGCGCCUCUUGCAAACCAUGGAGGGGGAUUUAUUUUUAAUUCCUCCCCCCUUUUUUUUUUUGGAUAGCAGCGCCCGGGAAAGAGGAGAGGAAAAAAAGAAAGACUCAGCGGAGCAAAAGCAGCCGCCGGUGGUUUCGUGCUGGGAGCUGCCUCUGUAAAUACACGGUUCCUUCCCCUAUAAUUAGCAUCGCUGCCUGCCCCAUCCCGAACCCACUGCGGGAUUUGGGAUGGGAGCCGGGGCCUCGGCGGAUAAAACCCCCUCUUUAAGCGAAAUGCGAUGGGGCUGGGUCCCAAAAUGCCUCCCGGUCCGCUUUGGCUGAGGACUGACCCGGGCGCCCAACUCAUCACAUGUGUGGCUGCCCAGAAACCACACGAAGACAGGAGAGAAAAAAACAAAAUUAACUCAACGGGUUAAUUUGUCCCCAAAAACAUGGAGGGGCUUUUUGCCUCCUGGCUGAUUUAUUUUGCUUUAAAGUCCUUCGGUUUAAGGUAAUUUGCUGCGCGGGAUGGGCCUGGGGGUGGUUUCAGGGGUUGGUGUUGCAGGGAGAGGGGAGCAAAGGGUUUGGUAAUUAGAGUAAUUAGGGGAGUGGGGCAAUUAGGGGAGGGGGCUCUUGCAGCUUGCAAGGUGCUGGGGGGGGGGGGGGGGGGCAGGAUUGAGACCUGCCAUAGCACCGGAGGGGGCCCCUGAGGGUGCAAAGGGUGCUCUGGGCGUGCAAAUGGUGCGCUGAGGGUGCAAAUGUGUGUGCAAAAGCUACCGUGCACGUGCAUAGUGCCUUGCACGUGCAAAAUGCCCCUGUUCCCCCCCCACCCACUGGUGCACGUGCAACCGCUGCCCUGCCUUGCAACCACCACCUUGCCCGUGCAAAUCCCGUGCACAAGCAGCCCCUUGCACAUCCCAGCUGCAUCGUGCGUUUGCAACCCCCCCCACGCCCGCCCCGAGCACCCCCAAAAUCCCUCUGUGCCCUCCAAUCUCACACCCCCCCCCCCUUUUUAUUUAUUUACCAGCUUUAUAAAUAAAUCUCUGCUCCGAUUUCUUA